UAUGUAGAAGAAGUUACAUGUGUUCUUCUUUCUCACCUAAACUCUUUGAAACUCACGCUUCUUGAAUCAAUUUUGAAACAUAUAAUACAUAUUUUUCUUUCGAUUUUCAGUCUCUAAUUACACAAAACGAACUUUAAUCAUGACGGAAACAAUGGCUGAGAUCUCAGAAGACGAGAAGAGAUUAACAAAGCUUUGCUCUCUCAAGAAGAAGGCAAUAAAUGCAACGAACAAGUUUAAGCACUCCAUGACCAAGAGAGGUCGAAGGCAUAGCCGUGUGAGAUGCGUCUCAAUCGUCGAUGAAAUCGACACAGAGGAGUUGCGACAGGUUGAUGCUUUCCGUCAAGCUCUUAUAUUAGAGGAGCUGCUUCCCUCGAAACACGAUGAUCAUCACAUGAUGCUUAGGUUCUUGAGGGCAAGAAAGUUUGAUAUUGAAAAGGCCAAACAAAUGUGGGCUGAUAUGCUUAACUGGAGGAAAGACUAUGGUGCAGACACCAUCAUGGAGGACUUUGAUUUUGGAGAGAUCGAUGAAGUGGUUAAGUACUAUCCACAAGGGUAUCAUGGUGUUGACAAGGAAGGAAGACCAGUCUAUAUCGAGAGGCUAGGCCAAGUUGAUGCCGUGAAGCUCAUGAAAGUGACAACAAUAGAUAGGUACGUGAAGUACCAUGUGAAAGAGUUUGAGAAGACUUUCACUGUCAAGUUCCCUGCUUGUUCCAUUGCUGCUAAGAGACACAUUGAUCAGAGCACAACGAUCUUGGAUGUUCAAGGCGUGGGGUUAAAUAACUUCAACAAAGCUGCAAAAGAUCUUCUCCAGAGUAUUCAGAAAAUUGACAGCGAUAACUACCCUGAGACUCUGAACCGUAUGUUCAUCAUCAAUGCUGGUUAUGGGUUUAGGCUUGUGUGGAGCGGAGUGAAAUCUUUCCUUGACCCCAAGACUACCGCCAAGAUUCAUGUUCUUAGUAACAAAUACCAAAGCAAACUGCUGGAGAUCAUUGACGCCAAUGAACUGCCUGAGUUCUUGGGUGGUAAGUGCACAUGCGCAGACAAAGGUGGAUGUAUGCGUUCAGACAAAGGUCCAUGGAACGACCCUGAGAUCUUCAAGUUGGUUCAGAACGGUGAAGGUAGAUGCCCGAGGAAGAGCUCGUCAGGGAUCGAGGAAAAGACCAUCUCAGUGUGUAAGAACGUAACAGAGGAGAAACGUGAAGUUUUCGAACCAGAAGAGACUUACAAGAAAGCUGCUGCGGAGAUGGAGAAGUUCAUAGACAAGACCGUGGAUACUGGUGCUUAUCCUACACAGGAGCAUCACAAGGCCAAGAACAUAGUUCCCGACCCUAAAGAUUUGUUGUUGUCCCCGGCUGUGGAGAGCAAAGGGUACUUAUACGGUAGCGUGAUGGCGUUGCUGAUGGGGAUAGUGGGAGUGAUGAGGCUAACGAAGAACAUGCCAAGAAAGCUCACACAGGGGAAUGUGUACCCGGACGGAGUGACUGUUAUGCCGACGCAGGAGUAUAGGGCGAUGGUUAAGAAGAUGACAGAUCUCGAGGAGAAAUGCAAAUCCAUGGAAGCUGCUCAGGUUGCUAUUUCCAUGGAGAGGGAGAAGGUUCUCGACGCUGCACUUCGUCGUGUUGACCAGCUCGAGCUUCAGUUGUCUGAAACCAAGAAGGCGCUGGACGAGACGAUGACGAGGCAGCAUGAGAUAAUGGCUUACAUCGAGAAGAAAAAGAAGAAGAAGAGAAAGUUCUUAUUUUUCUGAAAGACUGCUUCAACCUCCUAAACUGCAUUUCCGUUUUAUACAAGUGGAUACCGGAGAAGACAUAAUGAUGAAGUCUUGAUUUGCCUUGUGUUUAAAGACUCCAUUUCUCCCUUUUUGUGUAAUUGUUUCUCCUUUAAAAAAAAUAAUAAUAAUUGUUUUGUUAAUAUAAAACCUAUAAAGACCAA